GCUCCAGACCAGUCAGCAGAUCGGUGGGAACCGCUCGCGCACCGAGCAGCAGUAACACGCACGCACGCACGCACACGCGCACAUCGUGCACGCGGAGCUCGAGCGCUCGAGCCGUCCUGCAAGAAGAAGAAGAAGAAGAAAAAACCACCCCACGAGGAUCAGUGAAAUCAGGAAUGGAAGUCUUGCUUGUAAACUGAACGGUGCAAAAAAACAAGAACUAAAACGGAGGAGUGUUUAUCAUCUUUUUUCAUCUUUUCACAUAUUUUUGUAAAUAAACUGCAUUUCUGUAACUGCUGCUGCUGAGAUUUUAUUUUAAAAGAAACCUGGUGCUGCUGUCGGACUCUGCGGAUCUGUUACGCGUCUGGAUUGUAGUUCCACUGGUGUCUUCAUUCUUAUUUAAAAGGAUAUUACACUCUUACUCCACCAUCAUCAUCAUCAUCAUCAUCUUCAUCAUCAGUCUCAGCACAGCUCGAGGUCAGGGUGAGUUCCUCGUGCCGCAGGUUUUGCACCAUGAGCCAGGCGGACGUGUCCACAUGCUCCGCGCCGCAGCGGGUCUUCCAGGAGGCGGUGCGCCGCGGGAACACCAAGGAGCUUCACUCGCUUCUGCAGAACAUGAGCAGCUGUGAGUUCAACGUCAACUCGUUCGGACCUGAAGGCCAGACUGCGCUCCACCAGUCGGUCAUCGCUGGAAACCUGGAGCUCGUCAAGCUGCUGGUGAAGUUCGGAGCAGACAUCCGACUCGCCAACCGCGAGGGCUGGAGCGCACUGCACAUCGCCGCGUUCGGGGGCCACCAGGACAUCGUGCUGUACCUCAUCACCAAGGCCAAGUACUCCAACGGAGCGCGGUGAUGCCUUCAACAUGUCUCUCUCUCUCUCUCUAUUCUAUCUCCUCUCUCUCUCUUUUUACUUUUUAAGAACUUCCUUUUUUUAAUCACCUAAAACCAAAUUAGCGGUUCAGAAAGAGCCGAACUCCAAGAUGGAUCACAUCACAUCCUUCCACUAACUCCUGACAUGCACGUGCAUUGGUACUAAAGCUUUCUUUACCAUCACCAUCAUCACCAUCAUCAUCAUCAUCAUCACCAUCAUCAUCAUCAUCAUCAUCAUCAUCAUCAUCAUCAUCAUCGCCCUGAUUGUGUCAGAAACAUCACAAAGGGACUUGGAGUGAUGGAUGAUGUUCCUCCUCAAAGGCUUUGAAAUAUAAAAUCAGAACACAAACACGCUGAUGGCACUUUUUUGCGGUUUGCUGGAAAAAGGGAAUAAAUGUGACGGUCUUGUGGGAGAAACACUGCUUCUGAGAACCUGAAACCACAUGGUUCUGCUGUUCUCUGGUGAUCAUUUCAUUACAAGCGCGUGAGUGACAAAUACAUCGAACUGAUCUGUGUAACAUCACGAUACCUUUCGGUUUAAAGUACUGUACCAGAUACCAGAGAGCUUUACUUCUAAAUCAGAGUCCUGCAGUCACCUACAGCAGAUACUAGAGAUGUGUGUGUGUGUGUGUGUGUGUGUGUGUGUGUGUGUGUUUAGAAAAAAAGAAAAGAAAACAGCUGCUGCUUGUUUCUUUUCCACGUCAGGAAACUUAGUGGAGCUCUGAGUCCAUCAUCUUCUCAGUAUUUUUUUUAUUUGACUUUCUUUAGUGUUUUGAAACCUCCUGGUCAUCACUGUGAAAUCCAGGCUGGGCUUCUUAUUUAUGAAGGUACAUUGAUGAUGAUGAUGAUGAUGAUGAUGAUGAUGGUCAUGAUGGUUUUUUUCUUUUAAAUCCCGGGAUUAGAGAUUAGAUGACGUGUUUUUGGGGGAUGAAUAAUAAGCUGCUUUCCCUUUUAUCAUACCCUCUACUCUCUCCACGCGCACUCGUGACGUCACGGCAGGUAUGUCGGAGUGACGGAAAUGUAUUUGUGCACUCAAAAAAAAACCCAUCAUAAAAUACCUGAGCCCCCA